GACAGUUGUGUCUAAAAGGAAGCUCAAAGAUUUUGUUUUAGCCAACUUAUGCUCGAAGUGAAGAACUGUUGUGCUUUUAAGUGAAAUUAGGACGUAUGUCCUACAUUUUUAAUGAUUUGAUUUAACCCAAGAGAUGGAUGACGAUGAAAAGCAGAGGAAACUAGAAGCUGCAAGAGCUAAGCUUGCUAGCUACCGACGGAAGCGGGCGAAAGGCGACGGUGCGGGGGCGCCGAAAAAGACGCAGAAGAGGAAGGGCCAGACUGUCUCGCAGAAUGACGGAGCGACGCAAGGCCGACCCGUAGAAGCAGCACUUUCUCCAGCCAUUGACAGAGAGCUGAACAAGAAGACCAACCAUGAGGAACCCCAGAAGCCGGAGAAAAAAGAGGUUCAGCAGAACCAACGACCGAAAAAUCAGCCCCCCGCCCUGGAGCCCCCCGUCCUGGAGCCCCCCGCCCCUGUGGAAGAUUUUAAAGAAGAGGAGCUGAUUGCACUCACGGGCAAAGAGCAGCUCAAGCAGUUACAAGAGGCUGUGGAGAAGCGUAAUGAGAUCAUUGCUAGGCUCAGCUUCAGCCUGCAGGAGGCCCUGGCCAGCAGAGACCAGGUACAACUGGAGGCACAUACACUUACUGGACAGAUGCAGGCGCUACAGAGACAGCUCCAGCAGACCAGUGUAGAGUUUCUGCGCAUCAAAAGUCAGUCGGGGGCUGAAGUCCUCAACACUCGACAGCAGCAGCUUGGCCGUUGCUCCCAAGAUGCAGACCUCAAUCAUAAGGAGGCGUUAUCAGGGAGCUCAGCUUCUGGGUCAAUGACAAGUGUUUCAAGUUUCAGCACUGACUGUGAGACAGACACUGUUCUGCACAAACUGCGGGCUGAGCUGGAAGAAGAAAGGGAGAACAGCCAACGCAUAUAUGCUGAACUAGCGGAGGAGAUGGAGAAACACCAACAUGUGCUUUCUUUACUGGAGAAGGAGAAGAAGGGCAGGGAAGAGGAACAUAUGGAAAGAGAAGCACAGCUGCAAGACCUCCACACCCAGUUAAGCUUAGUCCAAACCCAGUGCCUUGAGAUGCAGCAGUACAAAGAGGAGAAGGAGAAGCUGAACAGUGAAGUGCUGGAGUUGAGGAAAAGGCUUCAGGAGGAAGCCGAUGCAGAGAGGAGACCUGGGGAGGAGGUGGCCAGCUCUGCUCUUCGUCUCCAGAGACAAGAGGAGGAGAUGCUGAGGCUCAAAGAGGAGCACAGAGAGGAGGUGGAGGGAGUCAGGCAGCUGUUGGAGGAGAGGGAAAAAGAACUGAAGUUCAGAGAGGAAGAGGUCCUAGGACUCAAAGCUUCUAAGAAUCGGCAGAACCAAGCGAAAGCUGGUUUUAGUUUUGAUGGAAAGGUGAUUGUAGAUGAGGCCAAUCUGGAGAGCGGACCUGAUGGGGACAGCAUGAUGGUAUCAAUACCUGGAGAUAUUCUGAUGGAGCGCUACAUGUCUUCAGUUCCUCCUGCACACUCACAAUCUUCCUUGGCCAAUGAGAGCUUUGAACACUGUAGUGUGCUGGACAUCCCUGCAGACUACAGUUUUGAGCUGAACAGUGAAGUGUUGGGAGAUGAGCCUCUGUUGUCAAUUUCAAACCGUUUCUUUCUCGAAGAAAGCGGCAACCUCCACAACACGUCUACCCCGCAGUGCUCUCCUGGCAUACCUGUCUCUGAUAACUCAAACCCUCAGUCUCCAGCUCAGUGGCUGUACAACUCCACUUCCGACGGUCUGGAGAUGAGUGAACUGUCCGAGCAGCAGUUCGAGGAAACUGACCUGGAGAAAGAGCUGCUGAAUCAGCAGUGUGGGGAGCUCCGUGAAGAGCUGCUUCUCAAGGACAAGGACUUGAAUGUGUUAAGGGAGGAAGUCAUCAACGGUGCUGAAGAGCUGGAGGAGGCCAGGAGCAGGUGGGCCCAAGUAACGGACGAUCUUAGGCAGGCCCUCUGGGAACUUGAAGAGGAGAAAGAGAAGAGGAUACAUGUAGAGGAGGAGAUGAACUUGAAAGUUCAUGAACAAGACAACCUGAAAAACAUAAUGGAAGAAAGGGAAAAAGAGAAAGCGGUGAUGUUGACGGAAAAGGAAGCUUCUGAAACCUCCCCGCUGGUCCCUGCUACGUCUCCAUCAGAGGAGAAAAACAAACUGGUAGGGGAGCUAAAAAAUAAACUGGAGAAAGAGGCUGCACUCCCGUCUCAUCAAAAACCGCAGGAGCUGCUGUUGUUGUCUCAGCAGGACAUAAAGCAGCCUACAAUCCCUGCCAAACAAAGCCCAGAGCUCAGAGAUGACAACCAGCUGCAAACACUGCAGGCUCAUUGUGAACUUCUCAUGUUGGAGCUUGAAGAGACAAAAACAACGCUUAAAACCACAGCAGCCCUGCUAGAUCAAAGGAUUAUGGAGCUGGAAGAAACAUUAAAGGAGCUCGACUCUAAUCGUGCACAGGUUGUAAAUGUUCGAACAGAAGUGGAAAGAUUGCGGGAAGAGCUGGAGAGGAGCCUGGGCAGUCUGGACAGUGCUGACAAAGAGAAGAAUGAAUUGGAGUCUCAGAUCUUCUGUUUGAGACAAAGCCUGGCCAACCUGGAGGAGGCCCAGGUCCAGACUGCGCAGGAGAGAGAGGAGCACAGGAGGAAAGAAGAGAAGAUGGAUGACCAGAUUAAGAAAAUGGAACAAGUCUUGGAGGAGGAACUGGAACAGUUUGAGAAACUGCUAAUAGCCAAGGAUGUUGUGUUUGCAGAAGAGAAGGAAAAAUGGGAGGAAGAGAAACAGGAGAAGGAGAAAGGGUUCCUUGAUGUGAGGCAUCACCUGGAGGAGCAGAGGAGGGAGAAGGAGGAGGAGGUGAAGGCUCUCCUGGAGAAGCAGCUCAUGGCUGUUGAGGAGGCUACAGAAAGGCUCAAGACGUCUCACCAACAGGAGAUGAAAGACCUGAUGGAGAAACGUCAACAAGAGAUUUCUGAGGCGAACACUCAGCUGGAGGCAGAACUGCUGAAGCAGCUGGUCAUUAUGGAGGAAGAACAGAAGAGACAGAUCAGCCUAAUAAAACAGGUGACCGAACGUGAGCAUGAGAGGAUGGUCUCAGAGCUUUCUGCCGAACACAAUGAGGAGCUUGCUCUACUGAGGACAGAGGUGUCCUUGGAGCUGAGGGAGAGCAUGGAGGCUGCCCACCAGGCUGAACUGCAGCAGGCACAGGUCCAAAAGAAGAGCGAGUUUGAAGCCUUGCGUCUGAGCCUGACCUCCGCCCACAUGUGUCAGCCGGAGCAGGAGUCUGCUCUCACUAAGGUCCAGGGGUCCCUAAAGGAGACACUUGCCCAGGAAAGUGCACUCCUGCAAGACCGGCAUCAGUCAGAUCUGGACCAGACCAGACGGCAGAACCAGGAGCAGCAGGAGAAACUGCGAGAGCUGCACCAACGAGACAUGAAUGAGUUGAAGCAGCAGUGGGAGACUCGUGUUGCUCAGGAGAGAGCUGCCAUGGAGGAAGAGCAGGCCAAAGAGCUGCAGGCUUUAAGGUCACAGUUGGGUAAGGAUGCUGAGGGCACCCAGCCAAACCUCCAGACCUCUCUCUCAGAGACCCAGGCAGAACUCGCCAGCACCCAGGCCUCCCUCAUCCAGACCAACAAAGCUCUUACUGAAGCCCAGGCAGCGAUGUCCCAGACCCAGUCAGAGCUGCAGGAGUCCCAGACCAAGCUCCGGGAACUCCAGACCUCCAGUAAGGAGCAGAACCAGAAACUGGAGCAGGAGGUGACACAAGCCUGGGCUGACCGAGAUGCUGCUGCCAGUGCUCUGGAGAAGUUGGUUUCUACCCAUAAGGCAGUGCUGCAGGAGAAAAAGCAACAAGUACUCCACCUAGAGGAGAUGGAACAGAAACUGUACCAAGAGGUUUUGCUCCUUCAGAAAGAGAAGACUUCUCUUAAACAGAACUCUGAACAAGAAGUAUGUCAGCUGUGGACGCAGCUGGACAGCAUGAGGACCAGUCGCCAUGAGUUGGGAGAGCUGAAGGAUCAGCUGCUCGCUCGCUCGGCUCGUGUUGAUGACAUGGAGUGCCUGAAGACAGAGUUUAAUGAACAAAAACGGGAAAUCAAAGAACAGAAUGAGGCUGAGCUGGAAAGCCUGAGGAGGUACUUUGAGAAGCGAUUGCAGGCAACAGAGGAGAGCUACAGGGAGGAAAUUGCGUUGCUCCAGCUGAGGCUGGUGGAAAGUGCCUUGGAGGAAUCUGUGAUUAAAACUGCAGAUGACAGUUUCAGUUCCAUGUCUCAAGGCCAAGCUGAGGAGGAAAAAGCUCAUGUGCUUUCUGACACUGACUUCAAACUAGAGAAACGCAAGGAAGCGCUUGACAGUUUGCGCCUUCAGCUGGAGGAGAGACACACAGCGGAUCUUGCCAAUCUACAAUCUUCUAUGACUCUUUCCUUUAAGGAAGAGCUGCAACAGAUGCAGUCAGACCUCACUGACCACUACUAUGAAGAGCUGCAGGAGAAGAAGACUCGUCAUGCUCUGGAGCUGGAGCAACUCAGAGCCAAACUUUCUGACAGUCACUUACGAGAGCUCACCAGAGUUCAUUUGGAGGCAGCACGGCAGGUUGAGGUGGAGGUUGAACUGAGGAUGUGGUGUCACACUGAGGAGAUGCAGACAAGGAUGACCAUCAUCCACACUCUGGAGAGCAGACUGGCUGCAUUGAGUGAACAACAUGGUGCAGAAAUGCAAAGGAACUCACAAAAGCUGAAACAGGAGUUUGCUGGGGAGCUCGUCCAUCUCGAGGAAGCGCUGAAACAGGAGAGGGAGGAUGUGCAGGAGAAUGUGAAGAGGCUGAGAGAAGAGCUCCUAAAGAAGCACGAAGCUGAGCGCUCUGCCCUGAGGUCAGACCUCGACAAAGACAUGGAGAAGGAGAGGACACGCCUUGAGAAAGCGCUUCACGAGGAGAAAGAGAAGUUAAUGUCUCUACAGGCUGCACUGGACAACGAUGAGAGCCCACAGGUUUUGAUAGUGCAGCAGAGACUGGAGGCCCAGUACGACGGUGAGCUGCAAAGGGCAAAGAGCUGCAUGGCAACAGAAAUCAAGGAGCUCGCUGCUCACCUGCAGGAGCAGGGAGAAGAGCGGCUCCGCCAAGCCCAAGAGAGGUUCCAAGAGGAAAAAGCAGCGUUUGAGCAGAGUUUGGCCCAAAAAUGUGAAGUCUCUCUGGCAGAGCUAAAGCAAAAACAUCAAACUGAGCUGGAACAUGAGAGGGCAACACUACUGAACAAACUCUCCCAAGAGAAGGACACACUCUAUGCCAAACACAAAGCACAACAAGAUUCACUCGGUGCCAGUCACAGAGAUCAGCUUGCAGCCGCGACCGUGGAGUUUGAAUCCAAACACAACGGCGAGCUUGUCGCCUUGGAAGCAUCCUUCGAUUCCAAAAGAAAGGCAGACCUUGAAAGUCUGGAGGCCGUUUUUCAGGAGACCAAUCAGGCUCAGCUGGAGGCUUUAGAAGCGGAGUUAUCUCGCAAACACCAGGAAGAGCGGGAUGAACUGGAAAAGAGGAUGCUGGGUAAUAUGGACACUUUGGAGGCCACAUACCUGAAAGAAGUGCAAACACUGCGGGAUGAAAUGGUGCAACUUGAAGAGAGACAUCUUCAAAACCUGAAUCUCCAGAAGUUGAAACGUAAGCAGACAAAGGAGCGCCAUGCCGCGGAGCAGCUGUCCAUCAGGGAGGACCUGAGGAAAGAGCUGGCUCAGAUGCACAUGGAGAAGUUUAGUGCCAUGGCAGCAGAGCUCAGCCACGUUCACAAGACUGAGCUUGCUGCUCAAAAAGAGGCCUUGGAUACUGAACACUGCAAAACACUGGAGACUCUUAAGAAGCAGGUUUUAGAACUGGAGCAACAACACAGCAUUGCUCUACAGGAGCUCUCGCAUACCUGCACUGCUGAAAAAAAGCAACUCAUCGCACAGCAUCAGCUGCAGCUACAGGAGUUGAGGGGUGUCUCUGCGCGGGAAUUAGAGGCUUGUCGCAGGGAACUUGAAGAGGAGUUACCAAGGCAACGUCAGCACUUCCUUGAAGAGGUGGAGCUCCUCAAAAUCCAAUCAGAGGAGAGACUGCAGGACAGGAUUAACCGACUGAAGACUGAGUUUGAAGAUCAGAAGGAGGCGGGGCUUGAAGACCUGAAGAGGAGCUUCACAUCUGAACAGGAGGAGAAGGAGCGGAGCUACACAGUCAAGAUGAGCCAGCUCACUGUCCAACUGCAGCAGCUGGACGCUGUGGUGGCACAGCUGCGAGCAGAGGUUGGCUGUCUGCAGGGAGAGUUGGAAGGGAAGCGUUCAGAGAUGGAGACUUUGGACACUCUCCUCCAACGACGGGAGCGAGAGACUCAGGAGGGAGGCAACCUCCUCAAAAUGCUCACUGAUGAUUCGCAGGCUGCUAAAGAGGAAAGACGUAAACUCCAACAGGCUAAUGAAAAGCUGAAGAAGGUGCUGAUUGAGAUGAUUCGCAGCACCAUCGCAACAGAAGACCUGAUUGGACAAAAGAUCACUGCCCGAGCCAAAACAUCAGAGCAUGUGACCCGUCAGAGGAGCUCAACCGGGAACAAAGACGAACAAGAAUCAGGUAUCUCAGUGGCAGACUUGUCUUCAGAAGACAUGGAGCUGACUCAGCUGCUCUGCGAGAGCCUGCUGGUUUCGGAUACUCAGAUCAAUCCUGCGGGAGAAGAAGCGGCUCUGAAUGCCUGCAGCAGACUGCGUCACACUGUUAACACGCUGCUGGACCUGCUCAACCAGGCCAACACACAGCUGGAGCAGACUCAUGGUGUCCACCUUUCCCUGGAGGAGAAGUUCUCUCAAGGCAGAGACUACACCGCCCAACUCCUUGUGCAGCACCAGCUCCUUUUGGAGCAGCUCGAUCAGGAGGCGAAGCUGAAGAGUCAACUCCAGCUGGAAUUCCACAAGGCAGAAGGGCUUUUGGAGGGCUAUGUGGCUGAGAAAGCGUUGCUAGAAGAGUCCCUGCAGCAGAAAGAGGCACAAGAGGAGAGACUAGUGGAGGAGCUGGAGGACCUGAAGGUGAAGCUUCACCAGAUGCAGGGCCUCACCGCAGAGCUGGACGGCCUCAGACUGAAGCAUCAGGAGCUCAGUGAGGAGCAUUCACUUCUCCUGCGCCAGAAGGAGCAUCUCUCCGCUGGACUGGGGGAGAGGGAGAAAGCUCUACUGGCGGAGACGGACAGUUUAAGCAAGGAUAGGCUGGACUUGCAGCGGCAGGCGGAGAAGGACCACAGCUCUCUGUCGCUGCGCCUCAGGGCCCUGGAGAGGGAGCUGGAGGAGCAGGAAACAAAGGACCUGGAGACGGAGCAGCACCACAAGACCCACACAGAAGACCUCAACCAGCGCGUCCAAGCACUCGAGAAACAGCUGAAACACGACAGGCAGUUUAUAGAGGAGCAGGCUGUGGAGCGUGAACACGAGAGAGACGAGUUCCAGCAGGAGAUCCGAAGCCUGGAGGCCCAGCUCCGACAGACGGCCAGCGUGGAUAGCAAAGGACACAGAUUUCAGGACUUGGUUCUGCAGGUGGAGAGUCUACAAUCUAUCCUCAAAGACAAGACGGAGGACCAUGCAUCCUUGCUCAACGCCAAUCAGCAAGCCCAGCGCGACCUCUCAGAGCGCAAUGAGGAGAUAGACAAGCUAGCCGGGCGAAUCAGAGAGCUCGAGCAAGCCCUGCUCAACAGCGCUGAGAGUAAAAGAUCUAUUGGUCAACUGGAACAAGAGCUCCACAAAUCAAAGUUGAGAGAACAGGAACUUUCACAAGAUAAGCAGGCACUGGAGCAGCAGCAGCUGUCCAACAGGCUUCAGAUCUCCGCCCUGCAGUCCAAGGUGGAUGAGACGCGACACUGUUACCAUGACAACACGCGUGACCCCACCCAGGAGUUAGCUGAUGCCCUGGACGUUGCGCAGCAGAGCCUGCAGAGCAAAGAGCAAGAGGUCUGUAAGAUUGUUCUGGUAUGGAGGUCACUGCUUGGCCAACUGGAGACGGUGCAGAGAGACUUCAGUAUCAAAGAGGUUGAACUAAAACACUUCGCACUACAGCUUGAGCUACUGACCAAUCAGAAUGCAGCUCAUGUUAACGAGCUCCAAGAACAGAUUGAUACUCUAAAGGAGAAGGUGUUUGCUCUCACCAUACUAACGGAGGACAAAGAGGAACAAAGCGAAGUGGAAGAGGCGGAGCAUCUCUCCUCGGCAUUACUCGAGGAGAAAAAUCAGGAGAUCGACCAUCUCAACACGGAGAUCCAAAGACUGGAACAGGAGUUGGAGAACGGCAGGGACAACAAGGCUUUGGAGGUUGAGCUCGAGGAUCUGCGCUCACAGGUGGAACACCUUCAGUCUGAGAUCAUGAGAGUGCGUCAGGACAAACAGGAAGAAGAGGAGCGCCUUCAUGAGGUCAUCAGCACGCUGCAGGCUGAACUCGCCACAUUAGGCCCCAACCUGCAUGAAGUCAGUGACUCUCAGGAUGGUGACAGCAUCAAUCCCUCGCCGGCUCCCAGCCCCGAACCUCAACACUAUACCAUCCAGGAACAAGCGAGGAGGGGAGGGCCAAACAGCCUGAAGCAAGAGCUCAGCUUGAGUCAUUCUGCCUCGUCUCGUUCCCUCAGAUCUCGCUUCAAGGCCCUCCAGAGUCAGCUGGAGACUGCGGUGGCAGAGAAAGAGGGACUGGAGCGACUACUGCUCACCCAGGAGGAAGAGUACAGAGGACACGGUGAGGAGUUUGGAAAGAGGCUGACAGCUGAGAGGGAGAGGGCCGACGAACUCCAAAGUGUCCUCACCUUCAAAGAAGCUGAGCUCCAAGAAGUCAAAGCUCAGAAAGAAGAGGAGACCGAGAAGAGGACACUACCUGAAGAAGAGGAUGACAGUUGCCAAAUUCAAUCCCAACAGACGAGCGCCCUGCAUGAGAAGAACGUCCACCUCAGCUCUCUGAUUAUGGAACUCCAAAAGAGAGAACAGGAGAGCCUCACAGAGAUCGAGACUCUAAAAACAAAAGGGCAGGAGAUGGAAAUGGAAACGGAAGUCCUACGAGAAACCAGUCUCACGUUCGAGAGACGAGUCCAGGAGGUGAGAGCCGAGGUGGCAAACAUGGAGGCACUGGUUGAUGAGGAACGGACUAAGAUUAAAACCCUCAAGACUGUAAAGGGAGAGCUUUAUGCUGAACGGGAGGCACUGAGGAGAAGGGAGGGCAAACUCCAGGAGGAAAUUGAAAGGCUCAGACAGGAAGCGACUUCAAUGAGAGCCUGUAUCCAGGACCUGACGGUCCAGCUCGACGAGAAGGAAACUAGUCAAGAAGAGGCUCAAAAGGAAGUGCUGACCCAUGCUGAGGUGACACUGGCUAAAGCAGACGCUGCCUUGAGACAGAGGGAGGCUGAGCUCGCCAGACUGAGGGCAGAGCAUCACGCUCUGAGGGCGGAGCUGACUGCGGUGAAGCAGGGGCUCAGCACCAGUACAGAGAGGGCUGAGAAACUACAUGAGGAGGGACAGACCAAAGACCGUGCCCUAGUCGACCUGGAGACUGAGAACCAGCGGAUGAAGGCGGAGCUCCGAGCUCUACAAGAAGACCUGGCUGUACAGGAAGAGGAACUGGCCUAUCAGCAAAGAGAACUACAGCAAAUCCAACAACACUGUCACCAGCAGGACACACUUCCUCACCAACAGGGACACCCACAGAAGGAUAUUUCUCACAGAGCUUUUGAGGACGUCGUGAGCGUCUCUCUCGAUGAAGCCUCUCUGAGCUCGCCGGAGGUUUUAAGGCGACUCGAAUGCUCCGAAGACAGAAUCCCAGAACGGUUCCACGCCUCUGCUCUCGGCUCCCGUCUCUCUGACUUCAGCGCUCUGAACAGCACAGGCCUGGAUCUCCACCUGGUCAAGACUUCUCCCAGAGUUGUGAUGGAGCCUCCACACUCCAGGACCAUCACACCAGAUCCAGCCACACAGAGUACACACUCCCCAGGCUCUGUGUCGGCGUCUGACAACUUCUCCAUGCUUGACUCGCUGGACACUGACAAAGUGCACGAGUUGGAAGAACUUGACAUAACAACACCUCCAUCUCUUCUUGGCUCCACCUCUUCCUUGUCAGCCCCUGAAUGGGCCAGUGAUGGAUACGGCAGCAAUGUGAGUUCAGAAUUGGGCGCGAGGCUAAAGGUGGAGCUGGAACAGACUGAAAGGCUGGAUGCUCAGUUUCUGGAGUAUCUCCGCUGCCGAGGAAUGAACCCCACCGUUAACACAGACAGUGCUGCAGGCAGUAUGAGCUACAGUGAUGAGCUGUUGUCACCUGAGCUGCAGUGUCUGUUGAAGAAAGUGUAUCAAGAAAGCUGCAGAAUCCUCACUUUGUCCCAACGUCGUGGCACUUCCUCAACACAACCUCUUGUGCCGGAUUUAAGGGUGUUCAUGUCGAAUCAAACUGAGCAUCACUCUGAAGAUGGCUCCCUGAUACUGGACCGCCGGGACAAUUCAUCCUCCAACCCCCCCAUGAGCUGGCAGCAGGAGAAGAGGGCACUGCAGGAGACUGUGAUUGCUCUCAGAGAGCUGCUCUGUCGAAUGGCUCAGAGACACACACAAACUGACCACAGAGCUGAAGAUGACUGGCGCGGAGAUCAGCUCGAACUGACAGGACAGGUUGAAUCCCAACUCAGGGCCGAGCUGGAGGAGAGUCAGAAACAACUGAAAUGUGCUCAUGACACUCAGCAAGAGCACAAGAACAAAAUACAGUCAGUCAGGGUGGCUGUAGAAGAAGGUGAGGAAGCUGUGAGACGGGAGCAGAGCAGAGUCCAGGAGCUUCAACAACAACUGGAGCAGGAGAGAGCUCUGAGUCUCCGCGAGGACAGAGAGAAGGAGGAAAGGAGAGAGGCUGUGCAAGUAUCCUCUGAGCAGCAGAGGUCAGAGGUCAUGGCUCUCAAGGGUCAGGUGGAACAGGAGAGGGUGGCCUGCAGCAACCUCAGACGGGAGCUUCAGAUUGAACAGUCCCGCAGUGUACUGCUGGAGAAACGCCUCGACGACACCCAGAAGGAGCUAAAAGAUGAACGCCAACUCUCUGCUCACCAGCAACAGCUCAACAUCCAAGACAAGACUCGUCUUGAGCGCCUCCUGACUGAAGCAGAAUCUCGCCUCGCAGAAAUUCACUCCAAGCUCGCAGAUGCUCACAGGAAGCUGGAUGAAGAGGGAGACCGUUGCUCCAGGCAGAUGGAUGAACUCAGCCGCAGACACGAGGCGGAUGUCGCCAGAGACAGGAAGUUCCUCUCCGACAUGCGCGCCCAGCUGGAGCAGGAGCGAAGGCAGGGGGAGGGGCUGGCAGAUGUGAUGGACAAACUGAGGGCUGAGCUGCUGCAGAGCAGGAGGAAAUGGGAAGAGGAGGACAGAACGAGGAGGGCGGAGCUGCAGAGGGAGAAGGAGGUCGCCACCCGACAUCGUGUAGCGGUGGAGACCUUGAAGGAGCAGAAACAGGAAAGCAGCUGUGCUUUAGAGAUGGAGCGAGAGCGGUCCAGACACCAAGGGGUGGAACUGACGGAGCUCAAGGAGAGACUGCGACUGCUAAAGGACAAAGAGAGGGAGAGGGAUGAGCAGUGGGAGAGAGAGAGGAGGAAUGGGAGGCAAGAGCAGAUGGAGAGGGAGAGACGACAAGAGAGGACCAACAACAAACUGUGUGAGUUGGAGUUGUUGAGGCAACAGGACCAGCAGCGCAUGCAGGAGCUGCAGCACACUCUGGUAGAGCUGGAAAGAGAGGAGAGAGAGAUGGCUGCUCAGAGGCUGUCGGGACGAACUACAGGGCAGCAACACAAGGCUGCAUCCUCGCAGCAUCUCCAGACUGACUUCCAGGCAGGCAGCGCACAACAAAACCAGCAGAGUCUGAUGGAAAGGAUGUUGAAGGAGAACUCUGAGCUGACGGAGCGUGUGACAUCACUGAGUCAGGAGAGAGCCACCCUCAAACAUAGACUCUCCAGCCUGGAGCGACAGCUGCGGCGUGCAGAGAACGAGCUCGCCAAGGUCACCACAGAAACCGAAAACAGACCCAUCAUUGAUGUGACCAGCAACAGCAAGUUUCAGCGUUUGUAUGAGCGCUACCUGCGUGCUGAGAGCUUCAGGAAAGCUUUGGUGUACCAGAAACGUUACCUGCUGCUGCUGCUGGGAGGUUUCCAGGAGUGUGAGCAGGCCACACUGUGUCUCAUCGCCCAUAUGGGGGCAAGGCCGUCACCCCCACUCUCCUCCCACAACAGACCCCUCGGACGAUUUAGGGCUGCUGUACGAGUCGUCAUUGCCGUCUCAAGAAUGAAGUUCCUGACUAGGAAAUGGCAGAGAGCGAUCAGAAGGUUAUCUGUAUCUGGGACUGUCAACGGGCAUGCUCCAGGGUCUAAAGCUGAAGUUUUAAGGCAACAACAGCCAAGAUUAAAUUUUGACUCUCCACCAAACCGAGACAGCAGUUCCGUCCACAAAGACGCAGCGUCCACUCUCGUUCCACCAACAAAAUCGCCCUUCAGGUUGCACAACAGGUCGUACUCCAGCACUACUCUGGCCUCGGAGCAUUCAGGAGGAGUGUCUCAGGAUCCAGAGCGAUCGCUGACAGAAUAUAUCCACCAUCUAGAGAAAGUCCAGCAACGGUUGGGGGGAGCAAGACAAGAGGAAAGGAGGAUACAGCCAGUCUGUUCCCCUGAUAUGAUUGGUUAUCGGCAGCGCUGGCUGCAGGAGAAUAGGACGUGGCUGUACCUGAGCUGCUUGUCGCCCCUUUACCUGAAUGGUCCAGGUUCGUCUGCGCUCCAGCCCGACCCAAAGUUAUCCGACCGCUGAAUGAAUGUCUGCUGUCUGCAGAUCGGCCAAAAUUGUCAUUGCCUUACACCUAAUGUAGAAAUUUAUAGAACGGAAUAUCACACCAUUUUUG